AUGAAAAGAAUUGGCAUACUGCUUGAAGCAGUCAUUAUUUUAUUUGAAACCUGCUUGACAUCAACGCCAUCAUGCUCUAUUUAUAAUCCAUUUCGAAUACAGCCCGAUGACAACAACUAUCAGAUUGGUGCAACAUUUUCACUGCAUGAUGAAGACUGCGUGAAAUUACAUGUGGAAACAGCUCAGGAUAUUGUUGCAGCACAAUGGGCGUUAACUCACUGGAAUCAGAAUGUGAAAACUAACAACUUGAAAACCAGUCUGUAUGCUGGUGAUACAUGUUCAAAACCGAAAGAGGCAAUUUCGCAAACAAUCAAAUUUUUGGAUUCACUUGGUUUUUAUGAGCCUGAUGAAUGCAACACAGGAAAUCAAAAUUUCCGCAAACUUCUUGGAUUGUUUCUGCCAAAGGAUCCCGCAUCGGCGAAGGCAGUUGCUUCGAUCCUCCAAGCUACGCCGUUGCCACUGUUGGCGUAUAAUUACGCAGUAGCUGAUGAAUUGACACAAAUGAAUAUUCCUAAUUUUAUUACAACUGCUCCAACUCUAACAGUUUUCAUUGAUGCGUUUAUAAGGUUUAUGAAAAACUUGAAUAGCAAUUUGGUGGCAAUCGUGAGAAGAGCCGAAGACGAAAGUCGAAUAAACCGCCUUCUAAGCAGAUUACGACAAAAAAAGAUCUUCAUUUCCGAACUGAUUGAUCCAGAAGCUCCCAAUUUUGAGCAGGUUAUUCGGGAUUCAGACAGCCAAAUUAUAUUUGCACUUUUGUCCAAGAACGAGAUUACAAAAUUAGUUACUGGAAAUAAUUUCGGAAUUGAUAAAACAUGGGUUGUAGUCGAAAUGGAUACGGAUGAACAGCUGUCUGAAAGAAAGUUAUCGGAGUUUAUGGUAGAUUCAGAUGUUCAGAUAAUAUACUUGCGUCAACAACAGCGUGAUUUACCCCAAUUCAAGAAUUACUUUUUGCGACUGUUAAAAAACAACUAUCAAUCUUAUUCAUUACUCAGUUCGUUUAUGCAGCAGAUGUGCAACUGUACUAUAUCGAAUGGAAAUAAUGAUAAUGAAUGCUCUAAAAUUGAUGUUCAAACGCUGGCACUUAAUUACAAGCAGACGUCAACUAUUGAAUCUGUAAUCAGAGCCGUUUAUGCUUUUACUGCUGUUGCUGCUAGACUAGAAAAAAAGCCAAUAGCAUUAGCACUAUGUGCUAAGCCAUCUUCGAAAUGUACGGAAUUAAUUAUGACCGAGUUAGAAUCACUGACUUAUGAAUUUGAUGUCAAUGAUCCAGCUGAAUUAGUUGGCACAAAUCUACAUUUUUACUGGGAGUCGAACACAACAUUGAUUUCGAAUGGGAUUGUUAUCGAAGGAAUAGAAAUGAUUGGUGACGAACAGCUGGGCCUUGUGGAAGUUAAGGUAAUCAUUAUGCCAUUGAAUAAAUUAUUUUAA